AUGCUGCAAAUUCUACAGGCGAAAUACUCGAGAGAGCCCGAUAACAUCACUAAAUCUUGCAAGGCUAGGGGAUCUGAUCUCAGAGUUCAUUUCAAGAACACUAGGGAGACAGCGUACGCCAUCAGGAAGUUGCCUUUGGGCAAGGCCAAGAGGUACUUGGAGGAUGUGCUUGCCCACAAACAGGCCAUACCUUUAACUCGUUUCUGUGGUGGUGUUGGGCGAACUGCUCACGCCAAGAACAGACACUCUAACGGACAAGGUCGCUGGCCAGUGAAAUCUGCCAAGUUCAUCUUGGAUUUGCUCAAGAAUGCCGAAAGUAAUCCUGAGGUGAAAGGUUUGGAUGUGGAUGCACUAUUCAUUUCUCACAUUCAGGUUAACCAGGCCCAGAAGCAAAGGCGCCGCACAUACCGUGCCCAUGGAAGGAUUAACCCCUACAUGUCGUCACCUUGCCAUAUUGAGUUGAUUUUGUCAGAAAAGGAAGAGCAUGUGAAAAAGGAGCCCGACUUGCAGUUGGCGACGAGCAAACCGAGGAAGUCUUGA